CCAGACUAUUUUUAAUUCGCUCUCAGUUUCUUAUUAUUUUAAGCAUUACUAGAAUAUUCAUAUAGAAUUUGCGACAAACUUCAAGAGAUUUACAACAAUUUAUCUAUGGCUGAUUUACCACAGAGAAAUAAAUAUAAAUCCUUUAAGGAAUAUGCAAAGCAUGACAUUCCACCCAUAGCCGAACUAAUAAAAACCGAAGAGAACAUAUAUAGAAACAUUGGAAAAUGUUGUUUAUGGUUAUAUGGCUGAGUUUUUUAAAGAAAAUAGUGAAAUUCCUGCACCAGACGAUCUAAAGGAUCAUGAUUGUCAAUUGAUUUUUGGCAAUAUAAAGGAAAUCUAUGAGUGGCACAAGCGACAUUUCUCAGAAGAAUUGAAAAAAAAUCAACAUUCUGUCCGCAGCUUGAGUAAUGUUUUUAUUGAAAAUGAACCUCAGUUUCAUAUGUACGCAAAGUAUAUUAAUAAUAAGCCAAUAUCGGAAUAUAUUAUUAAGAAUAAUAUACAAUACUUUGAUAAAGUCAAAACUUUAUUGAAUCACAAACUUACGAUUGAAUCUUAUAUGAUAGAGCCGAUGCAAAGAGUGGUUCGCUAUAAAAUACUCUUGACUGAAAUCUUAAAACAUCUUAAAAAGAACAAAAUGGAGGAGGAUUUAGACAGUUUAAAUGAAGCCUUAACUGUGAUAGAAAAAUCUUGCGACGAAGCCAAUGAAUUCAUGAUACUUAAUGGUAUACAGAAUUUCGAUGGUAUUAUAUCGGAUCAAGGAAAGCUUUUACAUCGUGGUUAUUUACUGUGCAAUUAUGAUGGUAAAAAACGUAAAUCAUACGUUUUUCUAUUUAAGCGCUUAAUUUUAUUUACGAAAAAACCAGAAACUAAAGGAAAUCGUAGAUAUUCCAUUGAUACCUAUAAUGCUUGUCUUCAAAUACCGAUGAAUAAGCUGGAAUUGAAAGAGUUGACAAAUAGUAAAUUUUUUCUUCAACGAACAGAUCCAAAUGCUCCCAAUUGUAGAGUUAUUUGUGAGGGAGAAACAAAGGAGGAAUAUAAAGAAUGGGUACUAGCAAUCAAAAAACAGUUGGCUUUACAAAAGAAUUUAAUUCAUGAUUUAGUGCAUCCAACUGCAGAAGAUGAAGACGAAAGAGAGGUCCUAUUGUAGAAGCAUAAAACUCAUAUUCGUACCAUAAAAAAUAACACUGUGCGGCAGAAAACGUUCCACCUUCUUAUUACUUAUUACAUAAGUCUAUUUCGUUUCCUGAUAUGCACCAAUGUCUAUUUUAUUUAACAUUUUACUUAUUUUAUUAAUAGUUUAAAAAGUCUCUCAUUAAAAUUUAUUAAUAAUAAAAUUCGGAUG